CUGUUGUGCAGAGGAGCAGGGGGGCCCUGUCGCAGAUCCUCAUCCGCACCUGACCAGUAUUCUCAAUAUCGUUGUCUUGGUAAAUCGCCUGGUUUCGUGUAUUUUUCUUUUUAUCAUGUAUUCUUAAUAACUACUUCCUAUAACUGUAUUGCGGGCUGAGGUGACCUUUAGUAUAGCUUUAUGCUUAUUCCUCCUGUUAUCUGCUUCCUGAUAAGUUGCCCUUUGUAAUUUCUGCAUUUUAUUUCCCUUUUAUUUAUUUUUUAAGAUAUAUUUUUAUUGAUUUCAGAGAGGAAGAGAGAGAUAGGAACAUCAAUGAUGAGUGAAUCAUUGAUUAGCUGCCUCCGGCAUGGCCUCCACUGGGGAUGGAGCCCACAACCUGGGCAUGUGCCCUUGACCAGAAUCGAACCUGGGACCCUUCAGUCUGCAGGCCAACGCUCUAUCCACUGAGCCAAACUGGUUAGGGGUAUUUCCCUUUUAUUGUAAAACAUGGUUUAUAUAAAGCUAUUUACCAUUAACUUUUCAUUUUUUUUAAUAAACGGUAUUUUUGUUAUUUUUCUAAGUUAUUAACUUUUGAGACAUCCUUGUUAACUUCAAAAAGUAUCAUUUAAUAUCCACACAGUUGCCUCUUCAGUAAGAGUCAUUAAGAAUACCUCUUCAAGCCCAGCAAGUGUGGCUCGGUGGUUGAGCGUCGACCUAUGAACCAGGAAGUCAUCACGGUUGGAUUUCCAGUCAGAGCAUAUGCCCAGGUUGCAGGCUUGAUCCCCAGGUGUGGGGAGUGUAGGAAGUGGCCCAUCACUGAUUUUUCUCAUCAUUGCUGUUUCUCUCUCUCCCUCUCCCUUCUCUGAAAUCAAUAGAAAUAUAUUAAAAAAAGAAAAAGAAUACCACCUCUUCAAUAGAUUUUUCUGAUGACCGGUUCCUUUCAGGGAAUGGUUUCAGUGAAAAAUAACUGACUGCAGUCUUGCAUAUAUUUAUUUAGUUGCAAUUUCAAUUUUAUUCUAAUGAUAGUAAAAUUUUCUGAUUCAUCUCCAUUGUUUGCCUAAGAUUUGCAAUCCAUUCUAACAGAGAUUAUUCUCCAGUACCGAACCCCUCCCACCCCCUACCCCAUACCUAGUACUGGAUAAAUCUGACAGAAUGAACCUAUGUAUAAUCUCUGGGUGGUCUUAAUUCUCUCGGUUCAGCUGCAGCCUCCAAGCACUGCUAACCGUCAGAUCUUUGUUACAACCUGGGCCAGCUCCUUUCUGAGCUAAAGACUCAGAUACCACUUUGCAGCCAGGUCUUCAUUGGCUGCGGGUCCGGACAUCUCCCACAAAAGCCCUCCCAGAAUCCAUUUCCUUCUUCUGCCCUAAGGACAGAUGGGCUUUCUUGGGUUGGAGAGGCAAUGAAAUUCCCAUUUUCCCAAGUUCAUGGGAGCCAACCAAAUAGAUUUUCUGUCCCCCAGUUCCAGAAGUGGGUCCUGGUUACCUCUAGCCAAUCAGUAAAGCUGUUAUCCCAUCAUUGCUUCAUCAAAGGGCUUGGGCUCUCAUGGACCGAGGCGGAGAGGAGCAUGGAGAUCUCCAUUUUAUCCUUAACACCACAAGGGGAAGGCAGCCUUGGGUGAACGCCACGCUGGGAGAAACCAGAUCCUUGAUGACAUUGUUGGGCCACUGAACCAAACCAAACCUGAGACCUUCCUCUUGGGGCUGUUCGGUUUCCUAAGCCAGCAAAUCACCCUUUAUUGUUGGAGGAUGAGUCUAUUCUCUUCACCUUGGUGGCUGUGUUUAGUGUGGACCACCCUCUUCUGGACCUGACACCAGCUUCCUGAGGAGAGCCCUCCUUCCUGCUCCCUUCAACAGCAGUUUGGGAAGCCAAGCAGAGGCACAACGAGCUGUCUGUAAAGGUGUUUAUGUAAAGAGAAACUCAACGAACACUUCAAAAGAUCCCACAAACCUGGUUCAUAGACGAGAGACAUGGAAGGUGGUUAUUCCUCAGACCAGCUGGAGAGGAGAGGCAGCAAGCCUACGUCCUAUGAGGAUUCCCCAGGGACCUUGGAGAGCUCCAUCCUCUUCACCAAAAGGAACAUGCCAGAGGCCCCGGAGGAGGAGGAGGAGGAGGAGGAGGAGCCCCAGGCCCCCCUUAAGGAGCAGGACCUGAAGGAGACCUACAUCCAGCUGGUCCAAGGUGUGCAGGAGUGGCAGGAUGGCUGCGUCUACCGAGGGCAUUUCGGGCUGGACAUGAAGCUGGGGUAUGGAGAAUUCUCGUGGCCUACGGGUGAGUCCUACCAUGGGCAGUUUUACCGGGACCACCGCCAUGGCUUCGGCACCUACAUGUGGCCAGACGGCUCCAGUUUCACUGGCAUGUUUUACCUCAGCUACCGAGAAGGCUACGGCACUAUGUACAUGAAGACAAGGCUCUUCCAGAAACUGGUGGCAGAAUUUACAGCCCUGCUGAGUCCUCCCUCUGCCCUGGCGGGACUUGUUUUUCAGGGGCUGUACAAAGCAGACGAGCGGUUUGGGCCGGGCAUCGAGACCUACCCCGACGGCAGCCAGGAAGUGGGGCUGUGGUUCCGGGAGCACCUGAUCAAGCUGUGCACGGAAAUACCCUGCAGCGUCUCCAUCAGCAGCUACCCCGAGUUUGAGGGCUUCCUCACGCACUCCCCCGCCAGAAUCAGCCUCUCUGAGGAGGAGACCAUGCACUGGGACCUGCAGGAGGAGCGGGACCCGUUUUUCUAUGACUACAAGCAGUUCCUGCUGAACGACGACCUGACUCUGUCCCCGGAUAUGUACCUCUACUCCACCGACAACACCCACAUGCCCAUUACCCGCUCUUUCCGAAGAGACUUGGACUCCCGGAUCUUCCUUCAUGAUAUUCCUCCAUUUGUUGAGGACGGAGAACCAUGGUUCAUCAAAAAUGAGACCCCUUUGAUGGUCAAAAUACAAAAACACACUUAUAAGUUCAGGAACAAGAAGGAGCACUCCAGCUGGAACAUGGGCGCCAUCCUGGAGGGGGAUCGGAGUGGCUUUGCAUGCCGUGGCCCCAAGGAGCGGCUUGCCAAGGAGAUGAUCCUGAAGGCCGAGGAAGGGAACUACGACUGGAUUUAUGGGAUCCUGAGGGACAACCUUGCCAGUCCCGACGUGGCCGACGCACGGGGCUACACUGUGCUCGCUGCAGCCGCAAUUCACUGUCACAUUAACAUUAUCAAUCUGCUGCUGGACAACGGGGCUGACGUGAACAAGUGCACGGAUGAGGGCCUCACGCCUCUCAACAUGUGCUUCCUCCUCUACUACCCAGCCACGUCCUUCAGGCCCAACAUCGCCGAGAGGACGGUGCCCGAGCCUCAGGAAAUUCAAAAACUCUCAGUUAGUCACUACCCCUCCUUCGCAUUCCGUGACUCAGACUCAACCUACAAUGAUGACUUGGUACCCGUCUCAGAGAGCCCGAAGUCCAGCAUCUGGAGGGACAGCCCCCAGAAGUGGGAGUCCACAUUGCCGAGGGGCAGCGUCAGCAUCAGCGACCAGGGCCAGGAGCUGGAAGAUGUGUUGGAGAGCUUGGACCGGUGCACGCCGUGCAGCAGCACCGAGACCAACUUUGAGUCUAACCACUGCGUGCAGAACUACUCCAUCAGGUUGUCAUGGAAUAUGCUGGAGAAGAGCGCCAGGGCUUACAGCAUGCUCAAGGUGCCCUCCACUGAGGCCACCUCUGACAAAGGAACCAUGAGGCAGAUGGCAUGGACCAUGACCAAACACAGAAACAUGUGGCUGACCAUCAAUUGCCUGCUGCAUCGAGGCGCUGACCCCAACCUGUGCCGCGUGCCUAUGCACGUCCUGUUCUUCGCUGUGAAGGCCGGGGACGUGGACGGGGUGAAGCUGCUGCUGGAGAAUGGUGCCAGGACCGACAUCCAGUUCCCCCCAGAGCUGGGGGCCCUAACCCCCCUCCACAUUGCAGCUGCCCUUCCCGGGGAGGAGGGUGUCAAGAUAACAGAGCUGCUGCUCCACGCCAUCACGGAUGUGGACGCCAGGGCAGCUGACCAAGACGACAUGUACAAACUGAGCAAGCCAGAGGUGCUGCCUUCAAGCAUGAAGCUCAACAAUGAAGUAGGCCCGCCCAGCGUCUACAGUAGCGUGAACAUGUCCGUCCCUGAAGAGGGGGGCAGGACACCUCUGCAUGUGGCCUGUGAGCGGGAGGACAACUACAGGUACGCCAGGGAUGUCGUCCACCUCCUCCUCUCCAACAGAGCGAACAGCAGCCUGCUGUGGGGCGGCCACUCCCCGCUCUCCCUGUCCAUCGCCAGUGGGAACGACCUGAUUGUGAAGGAGCUGCUGACCAACGGCGCUGACCCCAACCUGCCUCUGACCAAGGGCUUGGGCAGUGCGCUGUGUGUGGCCUGCGACAUCGCCUACGAGCACCGGAGGAGUGUGAACAACAGGCUGGGCCUGAUUGACCUGCUCAUCAAUUAUGGGGCCGACAUCCUGGCCCCUGUGACACUCACGCAAGGGGACAAGAUGGCCGUGGGCACAGUCGUGGACUACGGGUAUUUCAAAUUCUUCCAGGACCGGAAGAUUGCCCACUGCCCCUUCCACACGCUGAUGCCGGCAGAGCGGGAGACGUUUGUGGCCCGGAAGCGGCUCCUGGAAUACAUGGGCUUCCAGCUGCGCUCUGCCAUCAUGGCCAAGGAGAGCCAGUGGGACCCAAAGGUGCUGUGCUUGAGCAAGAAAGCGCAGAUGAUCCCCUGCCACAGGCUGAAGCAAAGGGACCCCACCAUGCCCAAGGAGCCGCAGUUGGAGGAGCUGGAGCAGAUUCCCUUCUUCAAGUUCUGCUACCAGUGCGGCCGCUCCAUCGGGGUGCGCCUGCUGCCCUGCAUCCGCUGCUACGGGAUCCUGACCUGCAGCAAGAGCUGUAAGACCAAAGCCUGGGCCGACUUCCACAGCAGGGACUGCGGCACCCUGGCAGCCAUCGGAAGAAAUUACUUGUCAGAGAUCAGGAAGAAGUUCAAGAAGUCUGUGAACAAGUACCCAGAGACCUUAGGAUUGCUGCUCCAGUUGAAUAAAGUGUACACCAGCUACAGUCAUGAAUGA